CUCUCAGAAUCCCAUUUGAAUAAUAGCAGACACUUUACCACGUUUUAAAAUACAAAACCAGACCAAGACCACCACUCGGAGAGACAAGCACAAAUCGUGGGGGAACUCUUGCUCUUAGGCAACAUGGCAGAAAUGUACGGCGUGAUAGACAAAACUGGGGACCAUGCCCAUCUGCUGCAAGAGGAGAAAACAUAUCAAGUCAGGGAUCAGCUGAAGGAGGCCAGUGAGGAUUUCCUCCCUCUGUCCAGCAGUCCAGAGACCUACAUAGACAGUUUUGUGGCAUCCAUCGGGCAAAUACUCCAGAGGAAUCCCAAGGUUGAACGUACGUUUUCCCUCCCCUCUAACCCCACGACACCUGGCUCGUUCCUACUGCCCUCCUACCCACUGGCUACACUCCCAGUCAAGCUAACUCCAACAAUGUCCCGUCGCCACGGUGAUCCCUCCCUAUCUAUGUCCAACACCUGGCCCAACAAGAGGGAGAGCAGCCUUCACCACCGAGACACCAGCCCCUGGAGAGACACAGCAAUCACAGCAACGGGGGACCAUCUCUCCAGCAUAUCAUCUCCGAGGCCUCUGCGUGCCUCCCUUGUCACUUCUUCUUCCACAUCGUCAUUCCGUCGGGCUCUGAGCAGCACCAGGGCAACAACCCUCUCUAUCUCGCCAGUGGUCCCUCCAUUAGAGCAGGCCCAGUCUCAUAAGGGCCAGAGGCCCCAUGCACCAGGCAGCCCUCAGAACCAACAGCUGGAAAAGAGCCUUCAUCUGGACCCUGAUGGCUUCAGAGCAGUGCAGGAUCCUCAAGAGGACGAUCCUCUGGACAUGCAGGAGAUGAUGAACUCUCUGUGCUCAUUGCGCAACGGUGCUGCCAAGAAGAGGGCCAAAGUGAGCCUCAGCAGUCCAGAUCCCGAUAGCCCCGACUCUGCUGUGAGAUUAGACAUGGACUCACAAUCACAAACCUCUCCGAAGAUUACCAGCUCAGCCAGUGAAAGCGGUCCAUCCAGUCUGAGCUCAGUUGCCAACUCCAGCUCCAAUGGCAUCAAAACCAGUCUCGGAAACUCUGAAGUGCCUUCUGCAGAACUGAGGUCCUCUGUGUCCAUGGACUUCAGCAGCCUUCAAGGGUUAUCCCAGAGAAACGAACUGUCAUCUGAGGUGGGUGUUGUUGGGCAGAGAGUCACUUACUCCAAUGGAACAAUUGUACCUGAGAUGGAGACAACAAGAACUCUCCCUCCUUUGGUCGAACUGGACUUUCGCAAUACAGUCAGGGGUCUGAAGCCUGCCAAAGGUUCACAGAGUCACAGCAGCAGAAACUCACCAGGCACAGACAUGCCUGAAGGAGCAAUUGGAAGAGAUCUGCAUCUAAACGGCAGCACGCUGACUUCCACCAAAGCAGACCAUCUCUCUACCCCUCUUAGCCCUGUCAGCCCCCCAGGACCACAAAGCCCCCUCAAGUGCUUCACUCCGCCACACCAGCCGAGCCCCCCCACCGUGCCCCCCAACCCUAGAAACCUCUCUCGGCUCAGGAGGGCUCCUAGCCUCAGCAGAACCCGACCUUCGCUGUCACAUAGCUCAGAUGAGCUGUCCCCCGGCAACACGGGCCACAGGAAAAAUGUGUCUGAGCCUCAGGAAAUGUGUCCGUUUUCCAAACCCGACCUGGCACUGACAGAGAGUUUCAACCUGCUGAGUUCUGAGGACUGGGAGAAGAAGAUUGAGGGUCUGAUGUUCCUGCGCUCUCUGGCCCACUACCACUCAGACACACUCCAGGGCAAGCUUCAUGAUGUCUGCCUGUGUCUCAUUCAAGAGGUGAAGAACCGGCGGUCAGGUGUGUCCAGGGUUGCAGUGUGCACCAUGGGUGACCUAUACACCCACAUGCAGAAGGCGAUGGACCAGGAGCUGGAAGGAACAGCUAAAGCCUUACUGCAGAAGGCCGGGGAGACUAACGCCUUCAUUAGGCAAGAUGUCGAUGCAGCCCUGGAUUGCAUGGUGCAGCACUGCACUCCCACUCGCAGCAUCAACGCUCUUCUCUCUGGAGGAAUCAGUCACCUUAGCGCCUUGGUGAGAAAAUGCACCGCUCAGCAUCUGGCCAAUCUGGUGGAGAAGGUUGGUGCUGCCCGUCUUCUGUCUGGGGGCAAAGAUCUCACUGAGAGGAUCUUACCUGCUGUCACCAAACUCGCCCAAGACUCCUCACAGGAAACCAGGUUCUUCGGCCGGCGAAUGUUGCUGUCCCUGUCAUCCCACCCUGACUUUGACAAGAUCCUGGAGAAAUACAUCCCCACCAAAGACCUGCCAACCAUUAGAGACACUGUCUUCACUCUCAAGACAAAGGGUCUCAGUGGUAUGCCUCAGUCAGCCAGGGGCAGACGCUCCCUCCCAGGCAGUGGCACAGUCAGGGCCUCAUCUCUCACCAGGGAGCCUCUCAACCAGACCAACAGGGAGUCCAGUAGCCAUUCUAGCUGUAGAUCUCAGACACAAAGUAUUGCAGACAAGACAGAAUACAUCAAGCAAAUCUCAGGUCUGCUGGGUUCAAAGGACUUCAGAGAGAGGAUCAAGGGAAUUGACCAGCUAGUGGUUGACUGCCAGCACAACCCCAACAUGGUCAUCAAUAGUAUAUUCCAGGUGUUUGAUGCCUUUAAGGCCAGGCUGCAGGAGUCCAACGGCAAGGUCAACCUGCACGCCCUUGAGUCGCUACAGAAAAUCAUCCACUUGAUGAAGGACAACCUGUCCCAAGUGGUCAACAUCCUGGUCCCAGCAAUCGUGGACAAUCACCUCAACUCCAAAAACAAUGCCAUCUACUCUGCUGCUAUCGGAGCCAUUAAUGCACUUAUUUUAAAUCUUGAUAACGUACUCCUUCUCCAGCCUUUCUGUAAUAAGGCAAAGUUUUUAAGUGGCAAAGCUAAAGUGGAUCUUAUUGAAAAGGUUGCAGACCUUGUGACAGAGCUCUACCCUCGCAAACCCCAGGUGGUUGAGCAGAAAGUGCUGCCCUUGCUGUGGCACCUCCUGGGCACCUCUACCCACAGCGGCACCAUACAUGGCCGUGGCGGUAGCGUGAGGGGUGCUACCGCCAACCUGUGCCAAGCCCUUCACGCCCAGAUGGGGUCCAGCCUGAGCGAGAGUGCUGCCUCCCAGCCUGCCAACGUCCACAAAGGUUUAAACGAGUUCCUGAGGGCCUUAACCUAAAGGCAAAGCCGAAUCCAAACGCAACCAAAUGUUGGAAGAGAACACUGACCUUACUUGAAGAAAGAAAUGUUCUACAUGUCUUACAGUGCCUGCACUUGUAUAUCGAAUGAAGAGAAAGUCCCUAAAAAUUAAGAGCUCUUUAUUCCUAAUCUGAGUAAGUUUUCUUCUGGUACAGAAACAUGAACAAUUGUUAACAUACUGACAUCAGAGUCGUAUUCCAGGAAGCGGAUUUUGUUAAAACUGAGUAGAGGGAUACUCUGGGUUUUACGUUCCAGAAAGAGAAUUAACUUAAUCUUUAGGUCAGUUACCAUGGUAACUGAAUCUGUGAACCUCACCUGCUUGCAGGCAGGUUUUCUUUAACAAACCCUGAUUUUCUCCCUAUCUUUUCCCUUUUGCUGAGCCUGAACUAACUGUUAAAAAAUGGGGUGUUCUUUCCUUAUCAACCCGAUCAAUAUGGAAGCACAAUUAAUUUGAGUAGCCUUACGUCAGGUGAUGAUUCUGAGACCAGGUACACCACACGCUGGAAGCCACUGACGAAUCACAACAGAGUGGCCCAGUUGGCCAAUCAGGGUAGACUGGGCAUUAUCGGGAGGGGGCCUUAAAGAGAUAGAUUAGAUGAAAUAGGAUAAUCCUUUAUUCAUCCCACUACGGAGAAAUUUGGUAGCCUGGGACCCAGACGAGUUCUGGGAGCUCAUUUAAUUUGCUCUGCCAGAAUAUGGUCUGGAUCCCCUCCACUGGAAAGUGGUUGAGUCCUGGAGAGACAGUGUGUCUGUGUUCUACUGAGCAAAAGUCUACAGGAGCAAAAACAAAGUGUUUCAGACAGAGUCUGAAAAGAGGAGCUGCAGGAAUGGACAGUAUGAGGAGACUGAUGCGUUUUCUGUACAUUUGGAGCAUGUAAACCUCACGUAAUAACCCAAAUUAAUAUUAUAAACCUAAAUACGAGAAUGUCUCCUUUGCGAUGAAAAGUGAAUUAAAUGCUGUCAAAGAAA